CAAAGUUUCCUGUUUUUUGGUCGUUGGGUUUUAGCAGAAGCUUGAGAAUGUGUUGGAUUGUCUUAGUCAAUUGGGUGGUUGACUUUGAAUCGUCAUGUUUUACUUGCAAAGUUUGGUGCUUUAAACAUAGGGUUAUGUUGAAGAAUUGUGAUGAAUGAGGAUUGAAUGUUGAUAGGAUAUGAAGAGGUGAUAGUAAUUUUUGAGGUCAAACCGCUAUUUGGAUUAAGUGGGGGUGCCAUAGGAGGCGCAUCUGUCUUGUCUUAUGAAAGGAAGCAGUGGGCUUGACUCUUGAGCAUGGCAUGAAAGUUUUCACUUUUCAGGCGGGCUAGCACACAUGGAUACAGUACUUGGAAUCCCUUGAAAAUCUUGGUGUUUGUUGUCUCCAUCAUUAAAAUAAAUCUUUGAUCAGAUACCGGACAGCGAUUUUGGGGCAACAUACUAACACACAAGCACAGAUUGUGGUGCUAAUCACAAGUAAAGAUCAAAUGCCAUCAAUAACAAUGAAGGCUCAAUCAAGCACAGGAUGUUUAAAAGAAAAAAAUGGUCUCCGUGUAUGUCAAAAGUCAUGUAUGAUUUCCAAGCAAUCAUGCUCUUAUGUGAAGAGAUCUGAAUAUACGACGGAUUUCAACUCUUGUAAAUGUGAGGCGGUGUCUUCAAGCACACAUGUUUCUACCAAGGAAAAUGGAAGUGGUAAUGCAAUUCAUGAGUUUGAGGAAGAAGAUUAUAAAAUUCUAAUUCAAUCAUGCGAUUCUCCAAGCAAAAGAACGGAAUCCUUCCCCACCUGCCCAUCAAACUUGGAGACGAUUUUUUCUCCUCCUUUUGACCCCAUUGAAGUCCUUAGUGAAGUAAAUAGUGAACCGAAUGCUGAGAAUGAUACAGGGUCGGGAGCUGGUGACAGUGAUGAUUAUAGAAGUUCAUGUGACAAUCACAAUUGUGAUGUUUCAGAUUUCUACAUUUCUGAUAUGAUCAUUUCGAGCUUACCCUUCAGUGGGGAUGCAUUUACUGAUGAUAUAUGUGAAAUGAGUUGCUUUCCGGACUACAAUUAUGCUGAACCAAACAUCUUGUUUGAUGUUUCCGAGCAAUACAUGGUAUUGCCUUUCCUAGAAGACACUGUCCGAAAUAGUAAUUCUAAUACUAUUGAUGGUAAAUUAUGUCAAGAAGCUGUUAUGGAUACAGAUCACGCUGGCUUGUAUUUAGAAAUUGGUCAAAUAAGACCCUGCCACCAGGAUACUGCUGUUAUCUCGUCUGACUCAGAUCAGGCAGAGUGCUUCGAUCCACAGUUGUUUAUAAAAAAUUUACCAGAGUUAUCAGAUGUGGUAUCAAACUUUCAAACCAAUUUGUUGCCUGAUGAAGCUUCAAAACGCAAGCCUGUAACUCUUGUACUUGAUUUGGAUGAAACACUGGUUCAUUCUACAUUAGAACAGUGCGAUGACGCAGAUUUCACAUUUACCGUCUUUUUCAACAUGAAAGAGCACGUGGUAUAUGUGAAACAGAGGCCAUACCUCCACACGUUCUUGGAGCGAGUUGCAGAAAUGUUUGAAGUCGUUAUUUUUACUGCCAGCCAAAGCAUAUAUGCCGAGCAACUUCUUGAUAUAUUGGAUCCAUAUCGGAAGUUUAUAUCUCGCCGAGUUUAUCGUGAAUCAUGCAUUUUCGCUGAUGGCAGUUACACGAAAGAUCUGACAGUUUUAGGGGUUGAUCUUGCAAAAGUUGCCAUUAUUGAUAAUACUCCACAGGUUUUCCGCUUGCAAGUCAAUAAUGGAAUUCCCAUAAAGAGUUGGUUUGAUGAUCCAGCUGACGGUGCAUUGAUUUCAUUACUUCCAUUCUUAGAGACCCUGGUUAAUGUUGAUGAUGUCCGCCCCAUAAUUGCCAAGAGAUUCGGUAACAAGGAAUAAGAGUCCCUUGUCUUUCUCAUUUGCUUGAAUAUAGCAGCUCCUUGUCUCUCGUAUAUUUUAGCACCUAUUGGCUUUAAUUUAGAUGCUCUCCUUCUCCUUUGAGCUCAUAGGUGAAUUAGCUAUACAAAAUAAACUGUUUUCCUACUUAUUGUCAGUCAGCUUUUGGUUCUUGUUUCCCUUAUUUUUGUCCUUUCAGAUGACAACACUGUGGAAUAGUUUGUCUAAUUUUGUUCAAAGGUAAUUGUAGAGGAUAUCUUAUUUGUCAUUAUUAUUCAAUAUAAGUUGCGCUUA